AUGGACACGCUGACUGCCGUGAUUGCCUUCUCGGAGGGCAUCGUGCUUACAUCACUGAUGUUCUUCUUCUGCUUGUAUGCGAUGCUGCCGAAUCCACAUGACAAGAGGACUUUCUCACCAGCCCCAAAGCCCCAAAGCAGGGCACAGGUGUGGGCACAGGGUUUAAAGUUCAAGUUUAUUACAGGGGUUGUUUGCCAAAGGUUUCGUGGCUUCACUAUCAUAUGCAAAUCUGUGGAGGGGGUCGGCUCUGACGUUAAUCCCUCUCGUUUGUCUUUGUAUGUUUGA